AUCGGCGAUUGUCGGAACCAGAGGCGGCCGACGGUCGAGCGACGGCCUUGGGACUGCCAGUGGCUGCUCAAGGCCAUGUGGCUGCUGGAAGUCUGGCGUAGCAGGUGGGAGUACGGAAAGUGGAGACGGAGAAAUACGGACGGCGAAGACGGCAGUACGGACAGAGGAGACGAGAAAUGGAGCCCAGGCAGCUCCAAGAGAAGGUUAUCCAGAUGAAAGAACAGAUGGCACUUCUGAAGGAGGAAAUGACACAUCGUAAUCAAGAGGACAUUGUCCGUUUGGAUGGUGAACUGACCACUCUGAAGAAAAACUGCGACUCACUGAGUGAACAGGUGGUCGGACUGGAGGGAGAAGUGGUCACACUGAAGGGGGACAACGCCACACUGAAGGGAGAAGUGACCACACUGAAGGGAGACAACGCCACACUUAAGGGAGACAACGCCACACUGCGUCAGGAGGUGGUCCAUCUACGUGAAGAGGUGGUCCGCCUGCGGCAGGCUGUCCUCGAGGAGCGCACCACUCGCCAGGUCGUCGUGGAGGAGCUGCGGCAGGAGGUCCGCCGGCGAGCGGCGCCAUCCGACCGCUCCCAGAGUGACGGCGAGGGGGUGGCUUCUCCGAAGGGCGACACUUGUGACAAGUGUGACGUCAUCAGUAGCUGUGACGUCAUAACCCCAACUGCGAAGGGGGCGGGGCCGGCGGGCGGCGACGUGCGAGAGGCUGCACCGCAAUUGGCUCCUGCCAUUUAUCUUCUGGACCACGAGUUGUUGAAGAUGGUGCUGAGCAAGAUGGACUGCUGGGAGAUGUUCCGCGCCAGGCGGGUCUGCCGUCGGUGGCGGUCCGCCGUCGACGAUAUCGUCGGCGACUGUCGGCGGGAGCUAACCGAUCAGAAAACCCGUGGUGGAGAGGUCCCGGCGCCGGCCACGAGCCUACAGCUCGUAUUGAAGGUGCAGGACCAGCCGAAGCUGCCUGAACUGCAGGCGCCGACCGCUGAGACGGACACCGACCUCCGACUGGUCGCGGCCACCUGCCACGCCCUGGAGAAGGCCAACCUGCGCGGCUUUAAGCUGCGGGUCUCUGCCCUGCGCCGGCUGGCGCGUGCCAACGCCUCCAGUCUGCGUGAGCUGACGCUGCCGGCCGGCAUCAGCGACUGGCAGCUGGAGGCGCUGCUGGACCCGCUGAAGGCUCUGGAGCGGCUCGAUGUGAGCCCACCCGUGGACAGCUCCGGCAAGUGGCUUCGGCUGCUGCCCAAGUCACUGAGGAGACUGGACAUCACUGGGUCGGGAAUGACGCGGGCACCUCUGACUUUCGUAAGAUGUCCGUCGGAGGGACUGCUGUUCGGUGUACAGCUAGCAACGGACACACUCCUGGACCAGCUGGCUGUCCUGGCGACCCACUCAGUCACCAAGCUGUUCAUUAAUGACUCACCGUCCGUGACACCGGAAGCGACGGGACGCCUCCUGGCUGCCCUCAUCAGCUUGAAGGACGUGACUCUUCACGGAGCGGGCGGCAUUUCCGAAACUGUGCUGUCCGCCCUUCACGGCUGUUCCCAGCUGGAUACGGUGCAGCUCAGUGACACCCGGCCCCUCGCGGACAUCCCUGCCCUGGCCCAGUCAGAGGUGGCAGCGGUCAGCAGGAUGGCAGUGACCUGCAGGAAACUGUAUAGACUGUACAUCAAAUCCUCAACUGAAAACUGCCAGGCCGUCCUGACUGCCCUGCACGAGACAGACCUGGGAUGUGACAGUGACCAGUCCCGCAUCAUUUAUCUUCGGGUCCCCGAGUCUGCAUACGACAAGCUUACUGAGCCUCCCAAUGGCAGCAAAAUCUACUUGGGUUCCUACACGUAGACGACUAGCUUCCCGGUGCCUCGUCCGCUCCGGUGCCGGGCGGCAGUGUCGGAACUCGACAACAGGUGGCAGCACCGUGUCUUGUCGGCAGCGCUGUACGGGGCACAAUGCACAUCUAGACAUUCAUAUCCAGAAGUACUUCGAGCCGCCCUGUACCAUCGGGCCAGUUCCGCGGGUACUUUACCGCCGUGCCAGGCUGGUUUGGGUUAAGUGGCCACCUAAAUGCUUGAUCAUUUGAGCACAGAUUGCUACGUUUGUUGACACUGCUUUGAUAGACAGUGGGUAUGUUCACUGUUCAGCAUCCGAGAUUUAUCACGCUCCGGGCCACUGUCCAGCCGUCGGUAAACUGUUGUCAUCGUGCCGGAGGUACCGCCGUGGUGACGUCACGUGUGUUGUGACGUCACGCUGGCUCACGCCGCUGUGCUGUUGUGUUGUAGUUUCAGUUUAGACCAGAGAGAGGUUGGAGCUAGCUGUGAGGGUGUCCGGUCCAGGCGAUAUCGGACCUCGCCCGUCACUGUCGGACCGUCGGUGGUCCGGUCGGCUGUGGUUCGUUUGGACCGGAUAUGUCCGGUUCGGUGUCGCUCAUGGGAUAUCACGGGCUGAUGGCGAUUGAAAUACACAGUGGUUGAGACGUUCAAUA